GGUUGGUGCAACGUGGGUCCUUGUCGUGAGCGGGGUGGGAGUCCGGGAUUAACUCGCGGCCGUCUCUCCGUGGCCGUCGGUGAAGGUGAGAGUCUCCUCCGGGCAGUGUGGCUGAUUGAGCGCUGCAGGAACUCCAGCCUUGGCGUCGCCCCCGCAAUGGCUCCCGGAACAGGAUCCGUUUUUGCCACCGUCCCGCAGGCUCUGCCUGUCGCCGUUUUCCAGCUCACCGCGGAUUUCCGCGCCGACGAGGACCCUCGCAAGGUCAAUCUCGGCGUGGGAGCCUAUCGCACAGAUGAGGGUCAGCCAUGGGUCUUGCCAGUGGUAAGGAAGGUGGAGAUGAUGAUUACCAAAGACACCAGCUUGAAUCAUGAGUACCUUCCUAUCUUGGGCUUGCCAGAAUUUCGUGCCAAUUCCUCACGUAUUGCCCUUGGAGAGGACAGCCCUGCCAUCAAAGAGAACAGGGUUGGGGGUGUCCAGUCUUUGGGAGGCACGGGGGCUCUGCGUAUUGGAGCAGAGUUCUUGAGACGCUGGUACAAUGGAACCAACAACACAGCAACCCCUGUCUACAUCUCUUCCCCUUCUUGGGAAAACCAUAACUCUGUCUUCACGGAUGCUGGCUUCAAGGACAUCCGAACCUAUCACUACUGGGAUCCUGCAAAGAGGGGUCUAGACAUCAAGGGAUUUCUAGAGGACUUAGAGAAAGCUCCAGAGUUCUCCAUCUUUAUCCUCCAUGCUUGUGCUCAUAAUCCAACUGGCACAGAUCCUACACAAGAACAAUGGAAGCAAAUUGCUGCUGUUAUGAAGCGCCGGUUCCUGUUCCCAUUCUUUGACUCAGCCUAUCAAGGUUUCGCUUCUGGCUGUCUGGACAGAGACGCCUGGGCUGUACGCUACUUUGUUUCAGAGGGUUUUGAACUCUUUUGUGCCCAGUCCUUCUCAAAAAACUUUGGCCUGUACAACGAGCGGGUGGGAAACCUGACUGUUGUGGCCAAGGAUGCAGACAAUGUGCAGCGGGUCUUAUCUCAGAUGGAGAAGAUUGUCCGUACCACUUGGUCUAACCCCCCAUCCCAGGGGGCUCGUAUUGUGGCAACUACCCUCACUUCCCCAGAGCUUUUUGCUGAGUGGAAGCAGAAUGUGAAGACUAUGGCAGAUCGUGUUUUGCUGAUGCGGGCAGAACUCAGGUCUCGGCUUGAGGCCCUGGGCACACCGGGGACUUGGAAUCACAUCACAGAGCAGAUUGGAAUGUUCAGCUUUACUGGCCUCAACCCAAAGCAAGUACUGUUCAUGAUAAAGGAGAAACACAUCUACCUGAUGGCAAGUGGCCGUAUCAACAUGUGUGGCUUGACUACGAAGAACCUGGACUACGUUGCUAACUCCAUCCAUGAAGCUGUCACCACGAUCCAGUAAAUCUGAAGCCAUCCCUUGCAUGCAGUUGCGUCUUAAAUUCCUCCCCUUAAUGUUUUAGGUGUUUUAAAACCAAGAUUAUUGAAAUGUAGAAAUGUAAAUAGAGGGAUGCUACUUAAUCCUUUCCCCUCC